ACCGGAAAAGGGCGCGAGCGGCAGCGCCGGAAGGAAGGCCGUCAGCGCAGGCGGCCCGGCAACAUGGCGGCCACUAAGAGGAAACGGCGUGGAGACCUGGCGGUUCCAGCGAAGAGGCCGAAAAGGAACGAAAAAGGUGCCAGGCCGCCAGCUAAGCAGCGCGAGAAGACAGAGGACGCAGAAGAAGAGGACAGAGACCGCAUCCCAGGCCCGGUUUGCAAGGGCAGGUGGAAAAAUAAGGAGCGGAUUCUCAUCUUUUCUUCCAGAGGAAUAAAUUUCCGAACACGACAUCUGAUGCAGGACUUAAGAAUGUUGAUGCCUCAUUCCAAAGCAGAUACUAAAAUGGACCGUAAAGAUAAGUUGUUCGUGAUUAAUGAGGUUUGUGAAAUGAAAAACUGCAAUAAAUGUAUCUAUUUUGAAGCCAAGAAGAAACAAGAUCUCUAUAUGUGGCUUUCAAAUUCACCUCAUGGACCAUCUGCUAAAUUUCUAGUUCAAAAUAUUCAUACCCUGGCUGAACUCAAGAUGACUGGAAACUGUUUGAAAGGGUCUCGGCCCCUUCUGUCUUUUGACCCUGCUUUUGAUGAAUUACCCCACUAUGCUUUGUUAAAAGAACUGUUAAUUCAGAUCUUCAGUACACCGCGCUAUCACCCCAAAAGCCAGCCGUUUGUGGACCAUGUAUUUACUUUCACCAUUUUGGAUAACAGGAUAUGGUUUCGGAACUUUCAGAUCAUAGAAGAAGAUGCAGCUCUUGUAGAAAUAGGACCUCGUUUUGUCUUAAAUCUCAUCAAGAUUUUCCAGGGAAGUUUUGGAGGACCAACUUUGUAUGAAAAUCCUCACUACCAGUCACCAAACAUGCAUCGGCGUAUUAUAAGAUCCAUGACAGCUGCAAAAUUCAAAGAAAAACAGCAAGUUAAAGAGGUGCAGAAACUGAGAAAGAAAGAACCAAAGACGGUUCUUCCACACGAUCCCACUGCAGAUGUUUUCAUCACACCUGCUGAGGAAAAACCCGUAGAAAUACAGUGGGUAAAACCGGAGCCAAAGGUCGAUUUGAAUGCAAGAAAGAAAAGGGUUUAUAAAAGGCACAGAAAAAUGAAACAGAAGAUGAACAGAGGGAAUGCAAAAUGAAUCACGGGAUAACUACAUUUUUCAGUUAUUUUAUAUGUAUUUUGUAUGCAGUGUGUAAAUAGUUUCAUUAUUCAGGACACAUCUAAUUAGUGUGGCAUUUAAAAGGAAAAAAAGAAAGUCUUGUGACUUUAGUGCUUUUUAUCUAAAUAAAAUAUCACGAGAACUCACCAAUUUCUGUCUCAUUUCAAAGUUUAUUUGGUAUUACUAAAAGACUUUUAGUAAUAAACUUAAGGUAUAAUCCUCUCUUGGAUGACCUUUUGAUUUAGCAAAGCUGAAGUUUAAACAGACUUAUUGGGUCAUGAUUUGUAAUACAAAGCAUCUCCAGGCACUUGGAGAGCAUAGACUUGGUGUAAAGUUGGGGUUGACUUGUAGGAAGAGAAGCAUCUUACCGAAGUUUGAGUCCUUGACUCAGGAAUGAAUGAGGCCUCAGAAAAGCCGACCUCUGAUCUGAUUUUCUCACCUCCCAAAAGUAGAAUAAAAAUUCUUAAGUUUUGAGAAUCAAAUGAGUUAAUACAUGUGUCAAAAGCAUUUUAUUUUAGAAGCAAUGGGUAUAAAUUACUUACUAAACUGCUGAUAGUAAAAGAAAAAUGGGGUAUUAUAGGGUCCUAGAACAUUGGAAUGUCUCCCCUUGUAAAGGUUACUUGAAGCAAAGAGAGCACUGGGUUUACCACCCUAGAAGGAGAUUCUGGGGGCCAGUGGCCAUGAGCAGUUCAGUGGCUGCUGAGGAGGUGGACAGAUUAUAUGCAUUAUGUAUAUAUACAUAUAUCUAAACUAAUAAAAUUGGGUCAUGCA